UGCAACCAUUUUUGACACAAGGUCAAUCAGUUCCUUCAAACGUGCUUCUUCCCAUGGCAGUUAGGCAAGAAAAGGGGAUUCAUCAUUCAUGACUUCUUCCCUGUUAAACUCCAUUUAUUCACUUCUCUUGAUCGCCAAGAAACACUCGACACCUAAAAAAAAAGGUACAACUAUGGAAGCCAAUCAGCGAAUUGCAAGAAUCGCAGCUCAUCUCCACCCUUCAAAUUCCCAGAUGGAAGGAGGCUCUGUACUGGAGCGAGCUAAUUGCAGAGCAAAAGGAGGAGCGCCUGGAUUCAAAGUUGCGAUAUUGGGAGCUGCUGGAGGGAUCGGUCAACCUUUAGCUAUGCUAAUGAAGAUGAAUCCAUUGGUUUCUGUUCUUCAUCUCUAUGAUGUCGUCAAUGCCCCUGGUGUCACAGCUGAUAUCAGCCAUAUGGAUACUGGUGCUGUGGUGAGAGGUUUUCUAGGGCAACCACAGCUUGAUGCUGCACUUACAGGGAUGGAUCUUGUGAUCAUACCUGCUGGUGUUCCAAGAAAGCCUGGAAUGACAAGAGAUGAUCUUUUCAAGAUUAAUGCUGGAAUUGUUAAAACCCUUUGUGAAGGAAUUGCCAGGUGUUGCCCUAAUGCAAUAGUCAACUUAAUCAGUAAUCCGGUCAACUCUACAGUUCCAAUUGCUGCAGAAGUUUUCAAGAAAGCUGGCACUUAUGAUCCCAAACGCCUUCUUGGUGUCACCAUGCUUGAUGUUGUUAGAGCCAACACUUUUGUGGCUGAAGUUUUGGGACUUGAUCCAAGAGAAGUUAGUGUCCCUGUGGUUGGAGGACAUGCGGGAGUUACCAUUUUGCCCCUGCUUUCACAGGUGAAGCCUCCAUGUUCCUUCACUAAAGAAGAAACUGAAUACUUAACAAAGCGCAUUCAAGAUGGUGGAACUGAAGUUGUUCAGGCAAAAGCUGGGGCUGGCUCUGCAACACUCUCAAUGGCGUAUGCAGCGGUUAAAUUUGCAGAUUGUUGUCUUCGUGGCUUAAGAGGCGAUGCUGGCAUUGUGGAGUGUGCUUUUGUAGCUUCUCAGGUGACGGAAUUACCAUUCUUUGCAACCCAAGUGAAACUAGGGCGUGGUGGUGCGGAAGAAAUAUACCAACUUGGACCUUUGAAUGAAUAUGAAAGGGCUGGAUUAGAGGAAGCUAAAAAAGAAUUGGCAACAAGUAUUGAAAAGGGGGUUUCUUUUAUAAGGAAAUGAAAGGGUGGUGUGAGAAUGAUGAGGUGGUAUACAAGUGUUGAUUCUAUUAUCAUGGCUUUCUUUGUUACUUCAUGUUGCAUGUAAUGUAUGAAUCCAAAU